GAGCCGCAGAGAGACGGACAGCGGAGCUCUGAACAACCCGCUGAUAUAUCAGAGCUGCACAGGGAACACGGUGGAUUUUUGAGGAGCCGAUACCGAAACAUUUGGACUGUUGGAUUUUUGGAAACUAAUAAUAAUAAUAAUAACAAUAAUAAUAAUAGCAAUAAUAAUAAUAACAAUAGGAAUUUAAAGCAACUUCACAAAAAAUACGCGAGGAGCCUGCAGAGCGCGCAGGAGUAGGAUGAGCAUGUUUUCUGCAGGGAGAGCAGAGCAGAGCGUUUGAGUGGGACAUGGCAAACGGAGGGGACCAGUUCGGCCUUGCAGAGCGUCCGGACUCGGACUGCAUGGAUUCCCCAAAAGAGACCAAACAGGAAAAUCAAAGCUACGCUUUAAACUCUCCAGUUUCUCCGCAGACAGCGUCCAGUCAGCAGGGGAUGGAAGGAAUCAAAGUUUUCCUUCAUGACAGGGAACUUUGGACGAAGUUUGAUGAAGUGGGAACUGAAAUGAUCAUCACCAAAGCUGGAAGGAGGAUGUUCCCCAGUUACAAGGUGAAGGUCACAGGACUGAACCCAAAAACCAAAUACAUACUGCUCAUGGACAUAGUUCCGGGGGAUGAUCACCGCUAUAAAUUUGCAGACAACAAAUGGUCGAUAACGGGGAAGGCAGAGCCCGCGAUGCCCGGGAGGCUCUACGUCCAUCCGGACUCUCCCGCCACCGGGGCGCAUUGGAGCCGCCAGCUCGUCUCCUUUCAGAAGCUCAAACUCACCAACAACCACCUGGACCCCUUUGGACAUAUAAUACUCAACUCCAUGCACAAAUACCAGCCUCGUCUCCAUAUUGUCAAGGCGGACGAGAACAACGGCUUCGGCUCAAAAAACACAGCUUUCUGCACCCACGUCUUCUCUGAGACUGCCUUCAUCGCGGUGACGUCCUACCAGAACCACAAGAUUACUCAGUUGAAGAUUGAGAAUAAUCCUUUUGCAAAAGGCUUCAGAGGCAGCGACGACAAUGAGCUGCACCGCAUGGCCAAGCUACAAGGUAAGGACUACCCUGUGGUACCUCGCAGCACCGUCCGUCAAAGAACUUGCUCCGCUGGGAGUCCCUUCAGUGGGGAGGUUCAGGGUCUGCGGUGCUCCCCCGAAGCCGCCGCGUCCCCCUACAGCUGUGAGAACGGCUUGAACAGCAGCAGCAGUCCUCAGGAGCUGCUGAGCGCUCCUCCAGCCCACUACACCCUGCCUCAUCCUCACCUGCAGCACAGCCAGCCGCCGCAGGUCUACCACUGCACCAAGAGGAAAGUGGAGGAAAACUGUUCUCCAGGAAACCGCCAGCACCCUUACAAGAAACCCUUCACUUGUGGCUCACCAAGUGAGGGCGAGUCUUACUAUCACCCCUCCUCCUACCCUCCUCCUCCACCACCCAGUCUAUCCAACAACCCAGCCCUGGGUCUCACUGACUCCCCCUACAGCUCAGACAUGGGACAGCGUCAGGCGUGCAUGUUUGCUGGCUCAGAGCCCAGACUGGAUGAACUAAACUGUGCAUCCUGGUCAUACACCUGCCCGCUCCCCUCUGCCAUGACCCCCAUGGAACCCUACCCACCCUAUACCCCUCAUCCUCCCUACAGCUCUAGCCCUCAGGGCUCCCGGCUCAGUGCUAUAGUCCACCAGAGCUCUCCACCGCUGGGAGAGCCCAUCGCUCACGACCCCUACCAGAGCCAGAGCUCCAGACCUCCAGCUCAGAGCUCCCAAAACAUUCACAGCAGGCAGCUCAGCCCACCUCUCAGAGAGUAUCCUCGCUACACCCCCAACCUGUCUCCUCCUCUCUACCACACACUAGAGACGCACACACACAUCAGAUGCGGGGUCCCCGAGUGGAGCGCAGCCUCCUAACUGAACCAGAGGGCAUACCUGAAAGACUGAUCAGUGGACAGAGAUUCCUCGUCUCAAAUUCAACGACCCUUCUUUCAGCUUUUCUGAAAGAUGCUGCACUGCAUACGGACUAAAUAUGAUAUUACCUUUGUAACAUAAUUGUGAAAAGUGUGAUUUUGUGCUGUGUAAAGAGGCCUCAUCUGUUUGUCAUGUUUCUCCCCUGUGCUGGAUGGAGCAGUGGGUUGUUAAAGAGUGGACUCGGACAAACAAACUUCAUGAAGCUCCAGAAAAAAAAAGAAAAAAGAAAAAAGAGAAGAAGUGAUUCUUUCCGAGCAGCACAAUGACCAUCAACGUACUUAAUUGUCUUUCCGUAACACAAAGACUGGUGUCAUCCAAAUGUUUGCACUGUGAGCCCCGUUAAGGCCAAACCGUGAACACAACCAGGCUGUUUUUUCUCUCAAUGACUCCCACUCUCUACAUUGUGAAGGAUGUAAAUUGUGACCCACUGUCAGACAGGCAACAACACUUACUGACCAAAAUAAUCUCAGCUCUCAGCGGAGCCUGAGGGAGACCUUUUUUAUUCUCUUUAGUGGAGCAAAGCAGAGCUCCAUGCUCAGUCUCAGUGAAGGAGAAAAGGCAUGAGCUGUCUGUGUGUGUGUGUGUGUGUGUGUGUGUGUGUGUGUGUGUUGGUAUGUAAAGCCUGUGUCAGCUCAGCUCAAGAAAGCUAUGAGUUAAUUUCCAAUGAGACAGGCAGAAGUAGCUGCAGGCGCUGCACCAUAGAGAUAAACAGUUUGUUUAGACCACACUACAGGCUGAAAGACCUGUAAACACUGUUUCCACUGCAUUCUGGGUAAAUGCACAACAUCAGCGUCACACAGCUGUCACCGCUGUCCUCUUAGUCACCCCCAGCCGACCAAUCAGCUCACUCCAUUGACUGAGAGCCGACAAAUGAGCAUGUGCCUCUCUGUUAUCCCCAGCUGACCAGUCAGAGCUGGAGUUCAACGUGGUUUAUGUGUGCAUGCGUUGGCCCAUUUUUUGUUUGUUUCUGAAUUAUUCAUGAGUCCAUCAUUGCUCCCUGACAUGUGAGGAUUGCUCAGCAAAGAAAUACAGUGCUGUAAAUGUGAUAAUGUUGCAGUUUUUUACGAUUGCUUAAGCGCAUUUUUUUAAAAGUGGGCUCAUUUUGUCAAAACACUACACACAACAUGGUUGACCAAUGUUGCUCGAAUGUCAUCUGAUAAAUUUGGUCCUCCUCUUCUUCGUCCUCCUCUAGGUCUACCUCUUCCUCUUCCUCUCCCUACCCCUCCCUCUUCCUCCGCGGGCUCCCCAUUUACAUCCUCACUCUCCCUCUUCCUCGUCCUCGUACUGCAACAUUGCCUUCCAUUUUUUGUUGAAGACAGGCACUCUCACCUGUUGCUUUUUUUGUAGUGCUUUCAUCUGAUUGGUGAGUUUACCACUAAGCACGUCUCUGUACACCUGACCGCCAUGCUUGAUCGAUUGGUUCAUAGGUGUGGUAUUUUGAAAGGCAAGAAGUGACCUCAUGUUAGAUUUCUGUGUCUAACGUAGAGAAGUGUGUUUAGUGUUUUGCAAAAAGUGUGAGGCUGAAAAUGUUGUGCAGAUCUGGGCUGAGGUUUUGCUCCUUGUGUGUCAGGUUUCACUAACUGUGUGUUAUUUUUCAUUUUAGCGUGAAAGCAAUCGUAAAAAACUGUGUUAGUGUCUUUAUUUUGAAUUUACAUUGGUCCUUGUCAUAUCCACACAUCAUUACUCCAUUAAUUGCUUUGACUAGAUUGGAUUGAGUACAUUUCCCUUCGGAUUUGGGUAGCAUUAUUUUCCUCCUUUCAUUAAAUGUAAAGAGACAAUUGUGACUUUUUUUGCAAAAUAGAGGCAAACUGAGAUUUUGGUUUAUUUUUUUGUAAUGAAGCAGUUUUGUUAUAUUUUUGCCCAGGUGUUUUAAAUGCAGUAACAUGUGAGAAGUUGCUCUAACAGUCUGUCAGAAUGCAGAGAGCAGAUCCUCAUCAUUCCUUAAUAUGUAUUUGAUUUGUGUGUGUGUGUGUGUGUGUGCGCGCGUGUGUGUGUGACAGUGAGACGUAAAGAGCUCUCUCUUUUGGGAAAAUGUUUGUGUUUUAUAGCAUUGUUCUUGCUAAUAGUAUUUAUUACUCUAGAUUUGUAAAGAUUAGUUUGUUGUAAACUUGUGAGACAAGACGGUAUUGUUCAGAGAUAUUUGUUUCUCUUUGAAGGUUUGAUUCAUCCUCCAUUUCCAAGUGGUGAUAAAUAGUUGUGGUAAACAAAACUAAAUUUUCUGUUCUAUGGAAAUAAAGACAGAUUUAUAUACAGAAA